AUGGGAGGCGCAAACGCUAUGAAGGCAGUAGCAAAGGUGACUAGGACAUUACCGGUGAAUGGAGGUGCCCGGCAGCUCACGGUGGAGAACCACCCGGUCUCGGUUGCUGCCGUGUCCGCCCGCUCACCGACAGAGAUGGAGGCGCCACUGAUGGCUUCUUCGUCACAAUUGAAGGAGGAGCUGAGAGUUACAGCCGGCGAGCCUUUGCCUAGGGUUAUAUUUAUUGGACUGCCGACUCUUCAGGAAGCUAGAGAGGCCACUUCUGAACUAUCUCACGCUGGCCGAUUAUUUCUAGCCUCAUCUAAUUCUGUUCGACAUGAGGACAUGGCAGUAGCAGAUCAACAUCCAAGCUCAUUGCUGCGGUCCAACUCACAUUUGCCUACGAGUGCUAUUCAAGCAUUUCAGCUUCUAUAUGAAAGCCCUCCAGUUCAGAAUGCUGUUUCUUCUAUUGUUGCUGAUUCAAAUGUGUGGAAUGCUGUGAUACAAAACCAAGACUUUCAGGAUUUUCUCCAGUCACGCAGGAGCCUCGCUCCAAGUAAUCUCGAUCAGCCGUCUCUGGGUACAAUUGAUGAUGAUGCUUCUUUUGAGUCGAUUACAAAUUUUUUGCAGACUAUAAAGGGGAUAGUGGUGGACGUGAUGGAUUGCAUGAUCCAUUGGUCUGUAUUGUUCAAAAAUUUAACUGAAGCUGAUCGAAUGCCUCGAAAUGAUGAUGGAAGUACAAUAUUCGACUCUUCAAAUAAUUUGGUAAAAUCGAUUGUUGGGUUGGUGGUCUCGGUGAUUAUGAUGAUUUUGAUGAAACGUAUUAAAUGA